AUUCCCAUAUAUCCCACUUAUACAGUCCACUUAAUAUAUGCUAACCUGCAUACUGUGUGUUUGUAACCUAAUUGUUUGUAUUCUGUUCUAAUACUGUAUUUAUUAUGUUUGCUGCUAUGAAGACCAACAGCUAAAUUUCAUAUGCUAAAGUUAAAUUCAAUGCUCCAAAGAGGAAAAGCAGAUUAUUCGAUUUUAGCAUAAAGACACAGUCCAAAUUAUUAAUCAAAAGAUAAACCCCAAUUGUUCACAAAUAAUUGAGGUGAUUUGGCUUGUGCACAGGUGCUUGCUUUGCUUUGUUGUCAAAUAAACUUGAUAUUUAUGAUAUGAGGUCAAGAAGCAAAACUAAGCCGGGGAACACUUCUUCCACGACUCCCAGCAGGCUGCACAGCACAUAGCAAUCUGAUUGGAUGAGGAGCGCAGCAGCCCCGUGUACAGCAAAGGCUGCCACUCUCAGCCCAGCUACUGCAUGGACUGAUACAGAGCCGAGACGGAGGGGCGAUGUGUUGAGCAUUAACAACGGACAUGUUUACAGCUUGUUACAACUUUAACUCGCCAACUGAUGCAAGGUAAACGUUUUCCUGCAGCUAUCCACCUGUCUUCUUCAGAGAACUGUGGAAUAUAACGUGAUGAAACGCUUUACAAGUUAAGUGGAAUGUUAUGGCCGUAAAUUGCCAGAUCCCUCUCAUCACCAAAUACGCCGAGACAUCUUCUCUGGAGUGAUGGGUUCCAAGUUGACCAGACAGAGGAGUCUCGAUAUUGAAAAUAAAUUGUCCAAGAGGAGACGCCAGAGAAAUGACAUCUCUGGAGAAACCGAGAGAAGUGUAGGCAGAGGCGGCGGAGACUUCUUGUUUACAUCCUUGAUGCUCAGGUCCGACAAGCUCCCGGGGAUGCUGCGGAGAGCAAACCACAGCCCAUAUGUUAGACGAGUGGCUUGGAUCCGGGAAAUCCAGAGGCUACUGCGAGAUCAGAAGACAGAGCAAGCGGCCGAAGUGCUCAAAUUGCUAAGAAGGGAUUUAGGACUCCAGGGAACAUCACUCAAUGACAUUUUGUACAAGAAUGCAGCUUUUCUCAACCUGGUGGACCCAAUCUCUCAUGAGCUGCUUCUAAGCCUAGCCCGGGAUAUGCAGUGUCCAAAAAGGGAGACUGGCUCCCUUAAGUCCACCACCAAGAUUUGCCGACAGCUGAUUUACCACCUGACCCCUCACUCCAAGUGGACCAGACAGAGUGUGCCCAGGAGGAAGUCUCAGGCAUGUCUGAAAACCAACCUGAAGCAAAAACUCUGUAGCGAUGUGGUCAACCUGUCAGGCAUUCCCCUCUCUGGCCGGGACAUCCACCGUGUGGCCUGCUACCUCCAAAGUAGCAGUGAUGUGGUAUCUGCUGUGGACCUGAGCUUCACCGAGAUGCAGGAUGAGGACCUGCGGCUGCUACUGCCCUUUCUCAGCUGCCUGCCAAAACUGACCAUGCUAGCGGUCAAUGGGAACUGUCUGACUGUGGCCAUCCUGAAAGACCUCACGGAUGCAGUGAAGGAUCCCAGGAAGUUUCUCAGUUUGGCCUGGGUUGACCUGGGCAACAAUGUAGAUAUCUUCACGAUCCCGCAGCCCUUACUAGUUGCCCUGCGCCGCCGCUUUGGCCUACGCAGCAGCCUGCCGACCAUUUAUGAGUACAGUGAGGUGCAAACCUACAGCAGCUACAACCUGAACCUGGAGACCUCUGUUGAGGAGUCCAGUCUUUAUGAGGAUGCAGAGAGAGAUGGAGAAGAAGAUGAUGGGGAAGAGGAGGAGGACAGGCUGGAGCUUCAAGCCUGGGGAUUUGGAGGGGAAAGUGUAUCUAAAAAUGUGGCACUGCACUACUGUGGGAGGUGA